AUGCGCUUCUUCGCUUCCAUUUCUAUUGCUGCUCUCUGCUUCGUGGCUAGCAUCCAAGCUGCUCCUGCUGGUGUAGGCGCCCCAGGCCUGGACCAAGCUACAGGGGCUGUUAACGGUGUUGCUGGCAAGGUCCCAGUUGUUGGUCCGGUCAUACAAAAAGCGACUGGUGGUGCUCCUGCUGGCGGUGCAAAUGGUGUUCCAGGUGCUACACCCGGAAAUCAAGGUGGUGUCGGUAAUGGAAUUCCUGGCGCCGAUGCUGUCAUGGGCGCUCUUGGCGGCUAA